CUAGUGUGAUAGUUUCUCUCUGUGGCUCCAUGCCGAAUGAAAGCUUUCAACUUCUCAGAGAUCUAAGAUGAUGAUAAUGGGGAAGCCAAGUUUUAUGAAGCCCAUGUGUUUAGCUUCACAUUUCAGGAGCUUCUACUUCCCCCUGCUGAGGGAUUUUGGAAUGGGUACCUUUCAUUCUCCAACCUUAUUAUUUACCUUUUCUUUCAGUUCUUCUUCUACGUCAACUUACACUCACACCCAUAAAGAUGCGAACUUGAGAUCUAAAUUCCUUUGUGCUUAUUUUAGGGAUGUUGAUGAUGCCCUAGCUUCCUUUAAUCACGUCAUUCUUAUGCAUCCUCUUCCUUCUAGGGUUGAAUUUAAUAGAUUUUUGUCUGCUCUUGUGGGGAUCAAACAGUAUCACACUGUCAUUUCCUUGUCCAAAACAAUUGAGUUGCUAGGGAUCUCACACACUGUUUAUUCUCUUUCUAUCUUGAUUAACUGCUUCUGCCGCUUACACCUUGUGGAUUUUGGAUUCUCAAUUUUGGGGAAAAUCCUCAAACUUGGAUUGAAGCCCAACAUUGUAACAUUCAAUACCUUAAUUAACGGGCUUUGUAUAGAGGGUAAAAUUAAUCGAGCAGUACACUUCUUCAACCAUAUGGUUGACAGAGGUUAUCAGCCUAAUGUUCUUACAUACAGUGUCAUAAUAAAUGGUCUCUGUAAAUUGGGGCAUACAAACGUGGCUAUUCGGUUGCUGAAGGAAAUGGUUGAGAGAGGUUGUCAGCCAGAUGCCGUGACAUACACUACAAUCAUUGAUGCCCUUUGCAGAGAUAAGCUAAUUUUUGAGGCUCUGGACCUCUUCUCUCACAUGAGAAAUAAAGUUUCACCUAAUGUUAUCACUUACAACUGUUUAAUUCACGGUCUUUGCAAUUUAGGCAAGCAGAAUGAAGCUUUGGCCUUGUUGAAAGAAAUGGCGGUAGAUAAAAUAUCACCGGACAUUUUUACCUUCAAUAUAUUGCUAGACUCUCUUUGUAAUGAAGGACUAAUUUCAGAGGCUCAAAGUGUAAUCAAGAUAAUGAUUCAAAGAGGUGUGGAGCCUGAUGUUGUCACUUACAACUCAUUGAUAAAAGGAUAUUGUUUGUGUAGCCAAGUAGAUCAAGCUUUGGCCUUGCACUAUGAAAUGGUGGGGCAGAACAUAUCACCGAAUAUUUAUACCUUCAAUGUAUUAAUUGACUCUCUUUUUAAGCAAGGAAUGGUUUCAAAAGUUCGAGAUAUUAUGAAUUCAAUGGUUCACAUUGGCAUAAAGCCUGAUGUGGUCACUUACAAUUCAUUGAUGGAUGGAUAUUGUCUGCAUAGCCAAAUGGAUGAGGUUAGAAAAGUAUUUGAUAUGAUGGUAAGGAAUGAUAUAGCUAAUGUCUCUAGCUACAACAUCUUAAUUAAUGGAUAUUGCAAGCGCAAAGGGAUUGAUGAAGCAAUGAAACUUUUUAAUGAAAUGCCUUGUAAAGGUUUAGUUCCCGACUCUGUUACUUAUAAUACACUUAUACAGGGCUUGUGGGAAGCAGGGAGGCCUCGGGCUGCAUUGGAGUUUUUCAAGAACAUGCAUUACCAUGGUCACCAACCGGAUCUGGUAACUUUCUCAAUUUUGCUCAAUGGCUUGUGCAAACAGGGAGAUCUUGAUGAUGCACUUACCAUAUUCGAAGCAAUGGAAAAGAGUCGAUUUAAGCCUGAUUGUGUUGUCUAUAGUAUUCUGAUUGAUGCUAUGUGCAAAGCUGGGAAGUUUAAUGAUGUGAAGGAACUUUUUUCUAGGCUUUUUGAAAAAGGUUUAAAGCCUGAUGUAUAUACAUAUAUUACAAUAAUAAAAGGGCUUUGUGCAGAAGGAUCUCUAGAUGAAGCAUACAAGGUUUUCAGAGAAAUGGAAGAAGGUGGAUGUUUGCCAGAUGAACGUUGUUAUAAUGUGAUUAUUCAAGGGUUUCUUAAGCAUGAGAAUGUAGUAAAAGCAUCACAACUUAUUGAUGAAAUGGUUGAUAAGGGAUUCUCUUCAGAUGUCACCACAGCAGAAUUGGUUAUACAUCUAUCACUCAAUGAUGAUCUCAUUUUGAGAAAACUACGAAAUCGAUCUGGAGGUUCUAAAGGUGUAAGUGUGAAAUGAGACUUGAACAAUCAACUCUUGAUCAAGGGGCCUUUGAUAUGUUGUGAGUCAUUGGUAGUUGGAUCUAUUUCAUUGUAUACAAUUAGAAUGCUGCUAAUAUCUUUUAUGGUUUUUAAUUCGCUGGUGUAAAAGUGAAAAUGUUGAUUAGGUGUCCAUAACAAAUGUAUAGCAUUUUAAGAAAACUAGCUGGGCUCGUACCAGAUUCAUAAGCGUGCAAAUCUCUCUGUGGUUGCAGUAUCAGACUUUUAGUUUUGUCAUGCACAAAUCAAAGAAUACAAGGAAGUUGAUGUCCAAAAUUGAUUGCUGUUAUAAUGUGAUUUUUCAAGGGUUUCUUAGGCAUGAUAGUAUGCUAAAAGUGUCAACUUAUUGAUGAAAUGGUUGAUAAGGGAUUUUCUGCUGAUGCCACAACCACCAAAUUUGUAAUAUGUCUAUUGCUAAAUGACAAUCUCAUUCCGAG